GGAAAUCGUGAAUGGAAUGACGGCACACGUUCUGAUAUGGUUCUUGAGCCAAAAAGUGGCCACUCAAACCUCCCUCCAAUUAUCCUGGAGAUCCAACAUACUGUCAAUUUAGCAUUUAUGAAAAGGGCAGUUACUUAUUGUAUACAGGCGACAAAUAGAUAUGAUAUUGACCCUAUAAUAUUAAUUAUUUGCGUUGACAAGCUUUAUCAAGACAUACACCAGCAUAUGAAACCAAGUACGCUUCCAGGUGUGUUUUCAUAUUUUUCUCAGCCGUGGGCUCAAAAGUGCUACCUUAUCUCAAAGGAAAGUAUCAAGAAUAAUAUGACUAUCCCCCUCGAUCCUAUGGUUGCACUUGGUGCAUUUCUUACCAGCAAUAGUACAUCAUUAAGUAAUCACCAUUUCAAAGAUGACCCUCCGUGGGCUCAAAAGUGCUAUCUUAUCUCAAAGGAAAGUAUCAAGGAUAAUAUGACUAUCCCUCUCGAUCCUAUGGUUGCACUUGGUGCAUUUUUUACCAGCAAUAGUACAACAUUAAGUAAUCACCAUUUUAAAGAUGACCCAACCAUUCAAUAUCUAUAUACUUCAUCUUUAUUUCAGCAUCAAGUUGAAACUGUUAAUCAGGAUACGCCAUUUAAAUUAAUGGAUCUACAAAUCAUGGAAUAUGAUAGGUUGAAAACGCUUGCCAGUUCACUUAAAGAGCCAGUAUUUGAAGAGGCUGUUAAUGAAGCGAAAUCAAGGACAUUAUCUAUCAAAAGAAAGUACGAAGAAUCGUUUCCAUUACCAAGGCCAGCUAACAAAACUGAUAAGAACAAUGAAACGUAUAAAUCAGCCAUGGAGUUUGUCGCUGGAUUCAAGCAAAAGAAGUUCUUCACGGUGUAUUAA